CACACUUUAUCCUUUUUUCCGCUGGGCUUCGCUUCAGCAUAGUUUCCUAAAGUCACUUCGGCAGUCGUUCUUUGAUGGUGGACUUAAGCUACCCUGGAAUGGCACCUACUACGGAGUCCAGGAUGAACAUGGAGAACCUGAGCAAGGCCGAGCUGCUGAUGCUCUUCAGCGUCCUGGAGGGCGAGUUGGAGGCACGCGACCUGGUCAUCGAGGCCCUCCGAGCCCAGCACAGGAACACCUACGUCCGGGAGCGCUACGGGAAGUUCAACCUGAGCGACCCCUUCCUGGCCCUGCAGAGAGACGGGGAGGCGCUGCGGGGCCCCAGAGAUGGCCUCUCGCCGGGGGAGCCCGCCGUGUACCCUGACCCCCUGACCGUGCUCAAGCUGGUGGUGGGACACUGCCGCAGGAUGCAGGAGAAGAUGCUGGCCCAGCUGGCUGCCGCCGAGAGCAGGCAUCGCAGGGUCAUUGCGGACCUGGAGGAGGAGAAGCGGCGGCACGCGGAGGACACGGCCGAGGGCGACGACGUCACAUGCAUAUUGGAGAAGGAGAGGGAGCGCCUCCAGCAGCAGCUGGAGUUUGAGCGCGGUCAGUCCCGUCGGCUGGAGCGCGAGCACCGGCGCCUACAAGAGCAGCUGGACGAGGAGCGCGCCCAGCACAAGCAGCUGGCGUCCGCCCUGGCGCGCGAGUGCCAACGCGCCUCCGCCCGCGCCCAGGAGGAGAGCCAGCGGGCGGCGGAGGCCUCGCGGCGCCUCGACCGGGAGCGCGGCGCCACCCAGAGCCUCCGCACGCAGCUGGAGGCCGAGAAGAGGCGCGCUCUGCAGACGGAGGCGCGCGCCGAGGAGCAGCUGGCCGAGGUGGACACGGAGAGGGAGCAGCUGCGUGCGCGGCUCCGCAGGGAGGAGGCGCAAAGUCGGGCACUGCAGCAGGAGCUGGAGAGGCUGAAGGGGGAGCUGGAGGAGGCGCUGCAGGGAGGAGGAGGAGGAGAGACGGAGAGGGGGGAGAUGGAGGAGGAGAGGAGGCCGGAGAUGAGGUCUGUUACCACACAGAUGGACGCAAGCUUGCAGCAGCAGCAGCAGGGGGAGGAAGAGGAGGUGCCCAAGAUGAAUGGCCACCACCCUGUACAGAAAGAGGAAGAGGAAGAUGAGAAGGAGAACGGAGUGCAUGAGGAUGGGGACCUGGAGAACCACUCCUGUCUGAAUCCACACCCCGUCCACCACCAGCAGAACCUGGGUCCGUCUGCGCUCACGGCCUCCCCCUGCUCGUCUCCCCUGUUGGCUAAACGGGCGGGCAUGGCACCCCCGUCUCCCUCUGCCCCCGGCACCAUCGCCGCGUCCAGUGCGUCCCCCAGCAGCGGCAACUCUGCCAGCAUGCAGUCUUCCUACCAGGCGGGCAUCCACCAGCGCUUCCACGCUGCCCGCCACAAGUUCCAGGGCCACCCCAACCCAAACCCCAGCCCUAGCCCCGAGCCCCAGUCUCAGCCUCCGCCCCCGCCCCAGUCUCAGCCCCAGCCUCAGCCCCAGCCCCAGCCUCACACAGCUGCGAUAGGCUCCCCAAACAGCAGAGGAGGGGCUUCCCCCAGCUCCCCGCGGGCGCUGUCCCCCUGCAGCACCCCGUCCCCCGAGACCAGUCCGGCCCGGCAGGUGGCCCGGAGCACCGUGACCCAGGUUCUCUCCCGCUUCACCGUGCAGCAGCAGCAGCAGCAGCCGGGCGCCACUAAACCAGCCGCCACUCCCAACAGCUCCCCUUUUGGCACAGACUACCGCAACCUGGCGCCAAGCUCGCCCUCCCUCUCCUCCUCGCGGGUCCCCAGCGGCACGCUCUCGCCCGGCAUCCGCUCGCCCACCAUCCCCAGAGCCGACCGCGGGAUCCCGCCGCCCAUCCCACCCAAGAAACCGGGCCUGGCACAGGCCCCGCCAUCACCAGCACCAGUGCCGCGGGCCAACCACAACCACUUCACGGAGCAGCUGUCCCCGGCCAGCUGCGGCCUCACCAGCGGCCAGGACGGAGUCAAGGAGCUGGACAUGGUGGUGUCGUCCAGCGGUUGACCUAGGGUCCUAGUGCCUGCCACUUUCAGCUCCUUAUGUUCCGUACACGCGUGGUUAUACUCAUGUCAAAGCACAGCGCACCAAAACACUGUCAUUCAAACCUAUUCCAGCUAGCCUAGCAUGAGUGCAGGACUGAAAUAGGACUGAAAAUAUUCUUGACUAGUGUAACAUUUUUGUAUGAAUCCUUUUCCUAUGCUGCAUUUGUAUGUCUCUAGUUAAGCUUAUGCCAGUGUAAGACUAGCUUUAUUAACUUUCCUAUUGAAUUAGAUAAAGGUAAAAUCAAGUGCAAGUGCCUCUUACAUCUUAGUUAUGGAUUAUACUGUACUGUUGGUAUAUUUCAAAUUUAUAUUCAAAAGCUUCGUGCUUACAUGCAUCAGGAUUUUUUGUCUCCCACCUGCUAUGACAUGCAGUCAACGGGUACAGUAUUUAGCAGGUUAUGGUUGUAUGGCCAAAAAUAGUUUCUUAGGAGUAGCAAAUGCUGUUCCAAAACCAAUGUUUUAAGGCACUUUCCUUCCACGUUUCCUUCCAACAGUAUAUCUUUAUUUACUUUCCAGUAUUUGACCAAAUAUUUGUAUUCAUAUGCAGUAGAUUCCCAUGUACUCAAAAAUCAAACGGCUUUAGUGAACACACUGUAAUGUAUAUUUUAAUGAAAUGCAUGUUAAACUAUGUUUUUUUUCACAGCAGAUUUUUGUAAAUGUAUAGAUAUUAGAUCACUUAAAUGAACAUCAACCCUUGAUGAAGAGUUCAGAACACAUUUUUAUAUACUGUAAUCAGACAAAACGCUUGUUUCAACUUCUUGCAUUUAUAGUAAUUGAAUGCAUAUACAUGCAUUGUUAAGUUGGUUGUGUUGCUUCGAUACGAUGGAAUUUAACAAUAGUGUCUACUUAUUGUGGGAAGGGUAUUAUUAGUUAUGUAUAAUUAUUUCCAUAUGUCACCAUGAUCAAGUGCAUUUUAGAUCAAAUUCAAAGACGUGUCAGGUCAGUUUAAGUCAAGGUUGUGUUGAUGGAUAUGUCAGCAGCUAGUAUUUCCAGCCAUUCUCAAUGUCAUUCACAGCAGGUGAGCACUGUAUUUUAUUGGCUUCAUGAUAAUCGGUAGGGAUUGAUUUCUGCUUGAGUGGCAGAAGAGGACAGUGUUGCAAGCCUGGACAGGUGUGGUUGAUUGUAAUAAUAUUAUUAUGUUUGGAAUGGAUGAUGUAAACUUUCACAUGAAUUUUCAUACCGUGUCCUGUUUUAUUAUUUAAUCACCAAAACAGUCUAUCACUCAUGAAGGACAAAAUAGAGAAGGGAAAAGAGAUCAGCAGAUCACCCACCCACCUUACAUCAUAAAUAAAUUACUGAUUGAACAAAUGAAUAAAACUGCUAAUAAAAUCCAAAAA